CACUGCCCCAGAAACGUGAAGUCGUUCUCUGGACUCCAAUCCCAUUAUCUGGCAGUGUUCAAGAAGGAAAUUUUGAUGAAUGAUAUCAAGCCUUUCAUGCAAAAUAUCGUUGGAGUACCAGAUUUAUCUUCUGAUGACAUAGUUAAGGAGUUACACUUGCAGGCGGAAGACCCGAAUCCAGAUGAUGAUCUUAUACGCGAACUGUAUAGUCGACUAUGUCACUUAUUAUUAGCGGCUCCCGCAAGCGACAUAAGCAGGCUCAGGGAAGCCUUUCGGACUCGUGCUCUCAUCUUUGCUCAAGGGGAAUGGCAUACAAUACGCGAAUGCGUAUGGUCAUCUGGAAUCUCUGUUCCAGCGAAGAUCAAUCUGAGUCAAGUUUAUAGUGAUAUGGCGACACUUUUUGUUGAGUCAUUGAGAUUGUCAUCGGAUAUUGAUAUGGCCUAUGAUGAGAUUCUCUAUUUGGCAGGCACGUUUGAGUCCACGAGUAUCAACACUCUCAACGAAGUAAAGGAAGCUCUGCGGCGAUUCAGCUCACUUCUUCCUUCUGCGAAGACCCAACCAGAUCGGAAGCAGAUCCUCGAGACCUCAGUGUUUCCAGUGAGAUAUCCUAAUGGUGUUGUUCAACUGGCAAGUGCAGCUGCCGUUGAUUUUGUCAUCGUGGAUCAACAACCAAUUGAAUCGAACUUGGGGAGCUCCGCCAGAAUGUUGGACUUCACCCCCAGUGAAGUCCUUAGUCUCAAGCCACUAAUUGUAUGGGCUGGCUUGGAAAGCCGCCUCCAUUCCGCCAAAAUUAAUGAUGAAAUGAAAUCUUCAAGAAGUACAGAGCUCUCUGCAGAAUCACAGCGUGAUAUCAGAUCAAAGGCCCAUGCUUUAUGCCGAAUCGCGAUAGAAUUCAAAAGUCCUAGGGCACGAGAUAUCAAGCCAUUCCACGAUAUUCUGAGGCAAUCUAAAGUCUUCCAAUCGCCAUUCAUUACACCGGAAUUAUGUCAAAUCGAAAAUGGAAGUACCAACACGGUGAAUCAGCACGAGGUUGAGCUUUACUUUCAAUACACGGACCAUGCCUUGAAUAUUCACGUUCCGGAAGAUCCAUGUCGCCAAGACCUAUGCUUUCUGUUCGACUUGCCACACGCUUUGUUAGAGUGGAUCAUGGCCGAGAUCCUUCCCCAACUAGACGAUGGAGAGGCUGAACUUGCAAAACGACUAAUCACGAACGUUUUGAAUUCCAAGCCUGCCAUUGCCAAGCAGCUCUUGGAUAAAGAAGGGAUUGUCGAGUUAGGUUCCAUAGAGGGCUAUGUCGGCGAUGGUGACCUUUUGAGCGCGGUCGAAACUCAACAAGUCGACAAUAUCAAAGUCCAAGACUGCGGGCAGUUAGCGGUAUCCCGUGUUGAGGAUGACACCACAGAGAAGGAAGACAGUCUAUCGUUGGCGUUAGCACAUCUCAGUCUUUCUAGCAAGCCACCAGACACUGGUAAACACUCAUCUUCCUGUUGUGAUCAAGAGGUCUUUGAGCCCGUUUCGCGUCCCCAACCAUGUUGCACGGAUGUCCAGUCGUCACAAGCUCCACAACUAAAUGCUUCAUCACUAGCAUCAUCUGGGACAAACCCACGUCUGCUUCCAAACAUUCCUCCAAGCCAAGCAGGUAACAGUGCAACAUCCAGAUUCGCGUUUCUCUUGGCCAGAGUUGUUAAAGCAGCACGAUCCUCAAGUUUUCUCCGCAACGGUGUCUAUGAAAACUCAACUGUGGAUAUUGCGCUUCCUGAAAUAUAUGCUGCAACUAAAGCUACCUAUGACGAUCUAACCGGCCCGCACCAGGCGACAAAGUUAUAUGCUGCUGGAAUCUUAUAUGUAUUCGAGCUUCUCUCAAACUUGGUUCCAAAUCUUCCCCAAAGCGCUGCUGGCAGCUCUACUUUCAAACAAGUUGCGUUGUACCCGGAAUUCAGUGGUAUGAAUCAAAAAUACCUUCAUGGCUUAGCACACAUCAUCUAUCCCGAUUCCUCCAGCACAUUGACUGCUGCUCUCAUUGACCACGGCUAUCUCGAUCAAAGCAAGUGGAGUGGCAGAAACCCAACGUAUUACAUAGACGUGUAUAACUUCUUAGACGCUGAUAAAAACAUCUUUCGCCUUGACCCCAGAGACUAUCCUGAGAAGUGGAACAUGCUAGGAGAUCAUAAAGACAAAGCGGGCCACGAGGCAAUAUAUGUUAUAUUCUACGUGGACAUAUCCGACCAUGGUUCUGUACAACAUAAAGUUUUGGUUGAUCCCAAGGACUUGGAAAAUCGGGGCGUUCUGCGGAUCCGCUCUCAUCCAACCAGCCCAUCAAGUUGGUUCGCUGAGACGGUAAAUGGAAGCGGGUAUAGUUUCUAGAGCCUGGCUGUCUGAACAAGAAUGCCAAUUUCAAGUUCGAUUGAUCUAUAUGUAGAGACAGGAAAUCUGAAUGCCCUCUUUUCCUUUGGUUUAAUGUGAGUCUGCGCUAUAAUA